UCAGAUCUGCUGAUAUGCUGAUGUUCAUGUCGCUACAACUGGACCCUGAUGGUGGAUUUAGAUACUUUGAAAAGCUCCACCACGAUGUGGAGUCGAUGGACAACAUCGAUUCUACUGGUCGUCAUAUGUUGGAUAGCGCAUGUAAACACCGGUUCUAGUCACAACAGCUUUAAGAUUAAUCCUAAGCCCUGUACAGUUAACGGAAUAGAGGGUACCUGUAUGUUCGUAUGGGAAUGUAUCAAAUCCGAGGGACAACACGUGGGCGUCUGCAUGGACUCGUUCAUGUUCGGGUCCUGCUGUUCGCACAAUCUCUCCGAAAAUGUGAUACCGCAAAACUACCACCAGACUUUAAACUACCUUUUGAAGCCGGCCGGCAGUACUAAGUAUAAGCCACCGAAACCUAGUACUUUUGUUAGUAGCAAUGGUUACACGACCAUUUACCGUCCAGGAAACGGCGGUACGCUGGUGAUUCGUCCAUCGCAUAAUCACCACCAUCACCAGCACCAGAAACCAUCGUCAUCCUCCUCUAGUAGUUCUAGUAAUAGCAAUAACAUCAACAGUCAUCUUUUUAGUCAAAAGCCAACAGAGGGCACUGUAAAUAAACACUCUACCUUAUCGACGCCUGCGCAGCUGACAGACCUGGAGAUGGCAGGCAGUAGCAUGUCAACAGGCAUAUAUACAACUCAUUGGCAAGCUACAACAGAACCUAGUUUUAUUACAAAAACGCGGCCACCAAAACCGAGUAAGCCGUCCAAGAAACCGAUUCUGUCGAUUUCUAACAACAUUCAAAGUACUGUAUUAAAACCAAAACCAUCGGCCAAGCCGACUAAACCAAGUACCACUACUGUUAAAUAUCCUACCCAGAUUAGUAUUAUUAAUUCGAGCACGUGGAGACCGCCUAUUCGUCCAUCGACAACGUCAUCGACGACAACGACGGCGGCGACGACGACGACGACGACGACAACGACUGCGAUAUCGUCAACGGUGGUGAUACCUACGAGUAUCGCUGCCACGUCUAGCGGCACAGACACAAGCAUUGUGAAUGUGUCAUCAUCAUCUGUGAUCGGCGACGAAGGUUACUCGUCGUCCCCUGAGCUGUAUACGGCAGCACCCGGCCGGUACACGAUAUCAGCCGCAAGGAAUUACGAAUGCGGCGUGCAAACGAUGGGCCGACCGGAGACGCGGAUUGUGGGUGGCAAAAACGCCCCCUUUGGGCGGUGGCCCUGGCAGGUGUCGGUCCGACGGACAUCUUUCUUUGGUUUCUCGAGUACGCAUCGCUGCGGUGGGGCUGUGAUCAACGACAACUGGAUUGCCACUGCCGGUCAUUGUGUAGAUGACCUGCUGACGUCGCAGAUACGGAUACGGGUUGGAGAAUAUGACUUUUCGCACGUGCAGGAGCAAUUGCCGUAUACGGAACGUGCCGUCGCGAGGAAAGUUGUACAUCCCAAGUAUAACUUCUUCACUUAUGAAUUCGAUCUGGCACUUGUGAAGCUGGAACAGGCUCUUGAGUUUGCCCCGCACAUAAGUCCAAUUUGUCUACCGGCGACGGAUGAUCUGCUAAUCGGCGAGAAUGCCACCGUCACUGGCUGGGGGCGCCUAAGCGAGGGCGGAACGUUACCAUCGGUACUACAAGAGGUGUCGGUGCCGAUUGUUAGCAAUGACCGCUGCAAGUCGAUGUUCCUGAGAGCCGGCCGACACGAGUUCAUCCCGGAUAUUUUCCUCUGUGCUGGUCACGAAACCGGCGGUCAAGACUCCUGCCAAGGCGAUUCGGGUGGACCUCUACAGGUCAAAGGAAAGGAUGGUCACUAUUUCCUCGCUGGAAUCAUAUCCUGGGGCAUUGGGUGCGCUGAGGCCAACCUACCCGGUGUUUGCACGAGAAUAUCGAAAUUUGUCCCUUGGAUUAUGGAUACCGUUUUGUGAUAGAGUUUUUAGAAUGAUGAACGGUUGACAAUGGAUGUCGGAGAGCGUGUAAUGGAAGAAGCGAAAAAGUGUUCAAUCAGUAAACGGAAAAGACUUGAUUUUUUUUUAUUUAGCGCAAUGUACUGACAAAGAACGGUUAGACUAUGUACAUAUUCGAUGAAUUUGUUUGAGAUGAGAAUCGCCGCAUAGCUUCAAUUCUAGUGAAUCAGGAAUUGCCUACACGAAACAUAACGUUAGGAAACCACUGUAUAAUUUGUAUAACUAGAAUGUAAAAUCGUAGCACUGCCUGUGUAAAUACCUCUGUACCAUAUAUUAUUCAACAAUAAUGUUAGAUCAAUUCAUUAGCAAUGUAUAUAACCUAUCAAACUUAUGCGCAAUAACUUUGCAAUAUUGUUAACACAACAGUUGUUAAUUUGUAUUUAUAUGCAAAUAAAUCAAAUAUUAUAACGUC